UAGCAACGAUACCACAUUCAGAAAUAUGAUGCUCGCUUGAUCAAACAUCGACAGGAGUCUGGCAUUAUGACCUUGUACUUGCAUGGGAAUACCCGAAUGCUGUAUUAUUCAUCACGGUUUCUUGCCAUUGGUAUCAAUAUUUCUCGUACACUAGCAUUGCAUUGUGAAAUAUUGACACCGCAAUGUCUGAAUGAUCACAGCGCCAAAAAUAAAACUCAGGCAUUUCUAAAGCCAUGCUGAAUAUCAUUCGCCUAAAAACCUGUAUAAUAAGCAGGAAACGGACAUGUAGCGAAAUUAUAUUCAUCAGCAUUUUACAGUGAGACAUGAUAUUGCUCUCGGUUUUGGAGAACCAAAGCGAUAUUUCUAGAACGUUUGAUCACUCAAAGGAACAACAUCAUUAACCGGUACUUGACAGCUUUAACUACCUCUGGCAUCCGAAAUGCCAACCGAGCCACCAGAAUACACCAAACUAAUGCAGAAUGUGGCAAAACAGAUCGAAUCUACUCCUGAUGGACUCAUGGACUUCAGAAACACUAGUCGUGCUCAGGGGCACGUCAGGGCUUUCGAUCUUGACAAGAAAAGGGCAUACGACAUCAUCAGAAAUCUUCAGAAGAAGAUGAUUGUACAUCCGGGUCAGUAUGAGAAGUUUGUGGAGUUCCUAGAAAUCAUCGGAAGAGAGGAUGUCAUCAAGAUGCUUCCGGGUUACCAAGACUAUCAGUCUAAGGAUGGAGGGAAUAAUAACCGAGCUCAUUACAACACCAUACCGGAGAAGGUUGAAACCAAAAUGGCACUUCACAUUCUGCAGUUGCUGGUAGGGUCACAGACAUAG